CCCCCCCCCCACGUCGCCUGGCAACCGAGAAGCCGCGGCCUAGUGAAGAGCAACGGCGCUCCCAUCCUAACCCGGGGGGUGGGGGAAGCGGUCUGGGGACAUGCCUUGGGCCUCGCAGCCACCGCAAACGACAGUCUGACGGCCUGUGAGAAAUUCUUAAAAUCUGAAGUUUUGCUCCUCUGCAAGAAUGAACUCCACCAAGUGCUCCGACCCACAUAAGACAACGCUUCGGCAGCUUCUCCACGACUUGGAAAAGGGUCAGAAAGCUGACAUUUGUGCCUACACUUUUGGGCACUUAAACCAAAGGAAUCUGUCCAAAGUAUCUGGGCAAUACAAAGGUGCAGUGUCGUGGCAAGGCGCUAAAAUAACCACCCACAGGAAAGAGAAAAGCACGUCAAUCCAGCAGUUAAGCAAGAUGAAAGUCAAGAAAAUGACCGAAGCAAUGGUAGAACUUAGCCUGAUGACCACGGUGCUGCCAAACCUGCCUGCAGCUAACCUUCCUAUCCUCUGUGAUUUAGAUCAGAGUGCAGCUAGAGGUUCUCGGGAGAUACCAGACACGACUUCAAGCACAUGCACGCUAAUCACAGAUGCUAAGAAGCAAAGUCUGCAAGAUCACUGCAUCAAAGAGGAACUGGACUUCACAGCUCUCAUGCUGAUGAAGCCUCAGCCGCAGAAAUGUGAAGGGCCCUCUGGAAGCCAGUACCAGAGGCAGUUCAUUGAAUCAUAUUUGGCUGGAGUGACAAAGGAGGACCAAUUCAGAAAGCUACUUGAUUUCGAACGCAAAGUCCUGAUGAAACAAGAUCUGCUGGAGAGGGAUAUAAUGUCUGGUUACAAAGUGGCACAGAAGCACGAGUGGAAGCUGGCCAAUGAGUUGAUGAAACUAGGCCACUGUCCUGGACCAAACCUGCGACGACUUCAGAUCUUCAGCGAGGUUUUUGAAGACAUUUGCCAAGACACUACAACGUUCCGCAAUAUUUUGAGAGAAAUAAAGGUUGAAUAUGAUGCGUACCUCGCCUCACUCCUGGAGGUGCAGCCAAUGAAUGAACAUAAGAACCUUCAGGCUGAGCUUCAAGUAAUGGAGAACAGGCCAGUGAAAACUCACCACGUAGAAGAAGUGCGUCAGAGAAUCUUAAAUCUGGAGCAAGAGACAAAACGCGAUUUGCAGAGAAAUGAUGAGAUAAGGGAUGAACUUGAGAGGGAACUUUCAAAACCAAAACAACAAGAAGUACAGCCUGUUGCAAAACCAGUUGAAGCCAAGGAGCACCGACUGUCUAUCACAGAGAAAGUGUUAUUCUUGCGGAGCAAAAUCUUUCAAAUAACAGAACAGAUUCAAGAGGUGGAGAAGGAAUUGAAGCAGUCCAUGGUGCCUUCCACAGUCACCAAUGCAUUGCAGAGCUCCCUCAGAGACUCUCAGGGUGAAAUUUCAAACCUGCAGCAUUCCAAUGCAUUUCUUCGCAGGAAAAUAACAGGUUUUGAAAAUUAUAUUAAUAUAGCCCUCAAUGAAAAUAAAGUGAGCAGAAGUGUCAAAGAGAAUUUUUGGAAGCUGGUUAAUGAUCUUGUGGAUUCUGCUGAGAAUGGUGUCAUCUCUGGGUGAUUGGACGACAUGUAUACUCUUUAACAUUUAAUCCACUCGUCUAAAUGUGGCAUUGAAAAUCCAAGAUAGUUUGAUAAAGCUUACACUGUGCAAUAAUUUUAAUCUUUGCAUUGUUGUAUUACUCAAUGAACUUCAAAAUUAUGUUGUCUUUGCACUAAGUUCUCUCCCAAUUGUGGCAGCAACAGCUUAUAUUUAUAUAGCACCUUCUACAUAAAUUACGAAUGGGACCAUUUUAAAAUAAGAUUUGCUGCAAGAUAAUUCAGAAGAUAUUGGAACAAAUGACCUAAAAGAUUGGUAAAUGAGUUUCAUUUUAAGAGCUUCUUCAAGAAGGUGAGGUGACAAGAGAGACGACUUGACUGAGUGGGGGGAUUCCAGAGUUUUGGCAUCUGAAGGAAUGCUCAUCAAUGAUGGAGAAUAAAAAAAUGGGGAUAAGCAAGUAGUCAGAAAUUAGAUUAUGUCCUGGUUUUAAAUUGCUGUACUCCAAUAAAAUAUGUUUUGACAUUCCUGUGAUUGAAUCAAUGUUUAGUUUAGUUUAGAAAUACUAUGCAGAAAUAGACCCUUCAGCCCACCAAGUCUGUGUUGACCAGCGACCCCCGUAUGUUAACACUAUCCUACACACAGGAGGGACAAUUUACAAUUUUUACCAAAGCCAAUUAGCCUACUUUGUAGCCUGUACUUUGGAGUAUGGGAGGAAAUCGAGAUCCCACAGUAAUCCCAUGCAGGUCACAGGGAGAACGUACAAACUCCGUACAGACAGUUUCCUUAGUCUGUGAUUGAACCCUUGUCUCUGGCGCAGCAAAGCAUCAACUCUACAGCUGCACCACUGUGAAUGGUUAAUGCUUCAAUAAUUCUUUGUUAUCACGUGUACCAAGGUACACAGAAAUUCAUUUUUUACAUACAGAUCUGUAAAAUUAUUGCAAGUACGAUCCUAGUUUAAGUACAGAAUGUAUAGAAGAGAGAAAAAGAACAUCUUUCAAUUAGGCAUACCUGAAGGAGAUUUUGCAGUGGAACAGUAACAUUGAGAUACAAGGAACUGCAGAUGCUGGAAUUUUGAGCAAAAAACAAAGUGCUGGAGGAACUCUGUGGGUCAGGCAGCAUCUGUGGAGGGAAUGGGCAGACAAAGUUUUGGGUUGGGGACAUUUCAUCACAUGGCUGUAGGAGUGAGUCUGGAUCAGAGUGUGGUCAUAGAGCAGGAGAGUAGCCAGUAUCACAGAGGGGGAAACAGUGGGUGGGGGUCGCUUGGAGAGCUGCAAUUCUGAGCAGAUAUAGAGUCCAAGAGUCAUACAGCAUGGAAACAGGCCUUUUGGCUCAACUAAUCCACACCAACCAACGUAUCCCAUCUACACUAGCCCCACCUGCAUGUGUUUGGCCCAUAUCCCUCUAAACCUGUCCUAUCCUUGUACCUUUCCAAAUAUCUCUUAAACGUUGCGAUAGUCCCAAUCUCAACCACCUCCUCCGGCAGCUCGUUUCAUACACCCACCUUGUGUGAACAAGUUACACCUUAGAUUUCUCUUAAAUCUUUCCCCCCUCACCUUUCCCCCCAUGUAGAUAAAUUCUUGAUUUGGACGUGUCAUAGGUUAUGGGGAGAAAGCAGGAGAAUUGGGUUAGGAGGGAGAGAUAGAUCGAAUUCAGCCAUGAUUGAAUGGCGUAGACUUGAUGGGCCGAAUGGCCUAAUUCUACUCCUAUUCCUUAUGACCUUAAACCUAUGCCCCCUGGUACUCGAUUCCCAUACUCUGGACAAGAGACUCUGUGCAUCUACCCGAUCUAUUCCUCUCAUGAUUUUGUACACCGCUACAAGAUCAUUCCUCAUCCUCCCCGCUCAACCUCUCUCUAUAGUUCAUACCCUUGAGUUCUGGCAAUAUAUUUGUAAAUCUUCUCUGCACACUUUCCAGCUUGACAACAUCUUUCCUAUAACAUGGUGCCCAGAACUGAACACAAUACUCUAAAUAUAUCCUCACAAACGUCUUAUAUAACUGCAACAUGGCCUCCCAACCUCUCUUCUCAUAUAUGAAUAUACUAUACGGAAUCUUGGGCAAAUCACCACAUGCUGGAGGAGCUCAAUGGGUCAGGCAGCUGCUGUGGAGGGAACGGAUCCUUCUUCAUGUGGCUGACUAAGUGAGUCUGGACUCUCUUUUUCAUUUUUCACCCCCUCUAUUCCCGAAGGGUCCCGACUCCAAAACAUCAAUGUCCAUUCCCUCCACUAUUGCUGCCUGACCUGCAGAG